ACUCGCGUUGGCCCUCGACUCCUCUCUGACCACGCCCCUUCCUUCUUGUCCAAUCCCGACAUGGAGCCCAUCAAGGUCCAAUCAGAAGGCGGACUGAAUGUGACGCUGACCAUCCGGCUGCUGAUGCACGGCAAGGAGGUGGGGAGCAUCAUAGGGAAGAAAGGAGAAACGGUGAAGAAAAUGCGUGAAGAUAGCGGCGCUCGGAUCAACAUCUCAGAAGGGAACUGUCCUGAGCGGAUCGUCACCAUCACCGGACCAACAGACGCCAUCUUUAAGGCCUUCGCCAUGAUCGCCUACAAGUUUGAGGAGGACAUCAUCAACUCCAUGAGCAACAGUCCGGCUACCAGCAAACCUCCGGUCACCCUGAGGCUGGUGGUUCCAGCCAGCCAGUGUGGAUCCCUCAUCGGGAAAGGAGGCUCCAAAAUCAAGGAGAUGAGAGAGUCCACAGGAGCUCAGGUCCAGGUAGCCGGAGACAUGCUGCCCAACUCCACGGAGCGAGCCGUGACCAUCUCAGGAGCUCCAGAGGCCAUUAUCCAGUGUGUCAAACAGAUCUGUGUGGUGAUGCUGGAGUCCCCACCGAAAGGUGCCACCAUCCCCUACCGCCCCAAGCCUGCCUCCACCCCUGUCAUCUUUUCAGGUGGCCAGGUAAGAGCGGACCCACUGGGGGCGUCCACGGCCAACCUCAGCCUCUUACUGCAGCACCAGCCACUGCCUGCCUACACCAUCCAAGGACAGUACGCCAUCCCUCAUCCAGAUCAGUUGAGCAAGCUCCACCAGUUGGCUAUGCAGCAAACCCCCUUUACCCCCCUCGGACAGACCACCCCUGCCUUCCCCGCAGCAGGUCUGGAUGCCAGUAACCAGGCCAGUACUCAUGAACUCACCAUUCCCAAUGAUCUAAUAGGCUGCAUAAUCGGACGCCAGGGAACCAAAAUCAACGAGAUCCGUCAGAUGUCUGGGGCGCAGAUCAAAAUUGCUAACGCCAUGGAAGGGUCAUCGGAGCGCCAGAUCACCAUCACAGGGACCCCCGCCAACAUCAGCCUGGCCCAGUACCUCAUCAACGCCAGGUUCAGAGACGUGGCGGCCAUGUGGAACGACCCAUCUUCCAUGACCACAUCCUGAAAUCCCUGCCUGGCUCCUCCGUUUGGCCCUUUCCAACGACUGACCACCGCAGACAGACCUGAUGAAGCCCUUCGGACUCUGGCUCUGGCUCUCCGAAAACAUCCUGAACCUCUUCCCACCCGGUCCAUCGGGGAGGGACGGGCGCUCACUGCGUUUCAGAGAGCCACAUUAAAUUAAAAAAAAAUUACUAAAAGAAUUUCUCUGUUGAUUAGAUUUUUUAGCAAACUGUUAAAGCAUGUUGAAUGUUUAUUAGGAACAGCUUGUGUUAAUCUUUCUUUCUAUCUCUUGCUUUCUCUUUCUCUCUGUCAGUGCUGCGUCAUAGAACAUCAUUUAAAGUAUAAAUACUAGUACGAGCUCAACACUUUUGUAGAACUUAGUUAUUUGCAUAUAACAGCUGCUCAGUGAUGCUAUCGGCAGAGUGUGUGGUGGGAUGUAGCCAAAUUAUCAAACUUUGAUAAUAUAUUUUGAAACAAAAAAAAAUUGGACUGUUCUGCUUUUGUCCUAAUUUGCAUCUUUGUCUAAUCUCUACCCAUGCUGCAUCACAUGACCCUUUUAAGCCAAUGGUAUCACUCCUAGAGCCUCCCUGCUCAUGUUAAGUUCCUGUAUUUACAUUAUUGCUUAUAUUGCAUGUGUUCAGUGUCGUGUUGUGUAUUUCAGUGCACGUGCUCCUUCAAGCGUUAUUAUUAUAUCUUUGUGCUCCUGUUCUUUUCCGCAAACUUUUUCUCAGCAUUUUUGGCCGUUCACGUCGAGUCCUACACCCUGCCCCGACGACAAACUUCCCACCGUAGCCUCCUUCUAUCAGCACCGAUUAUUAGCUUCUAGAUGCAUGAAUGAGAAUUAGUGAAACGUCAGUGGAUGAAACACUGACUGGAAAUUGAAAUGAUUGUUUACUAACUUAUUAUUCUACUGUAUUUGUUUUGUACGAGGACUAUUGUGACCUAGCACAUUAGUCGACUACGCGGCGCUCAUGCAAUAGACUACUCAACACUUUACUCUGGACUGCCUCUAUUGGGGAGGAUUAGUUGGACUAAAAGCCAAGUGUUGCGUCCAAACCUUUCGCCUUCCUUCCCUUGUCUCGGUGGAUAGAAGCUUUUGGGGGAAGGGGGAUCGGACAACGAGAGAACGAAGGCGAAACUUGACGGUGUUUGGAUGAAGCCGGAUGGUAUUUUUGGGGCCAAGGAAUGUUCAGGGGUUCAUUGGGGGGAACCCACGGGGUCUGGGCGGACGUGACCACUCAGUCUCUUUUUCACGAUUGUUCAUCUUGUCAUGUUGUUUUCGUUGUCACACGAUUGAUUUGACGCUUUAGGUUUGAAUGUCUUUUUAUUGUCAGCAACUUUUUAUUUCAAAAAAAGGACAGGUUGGAUGACAAUUCCGGCGGCGCUGGUGUCCAGUAGAGCCAGCGUGGGUUUAUUUACGACUUCCUGUUUGUCGGUGGAGCUCAGUUAACUUAAGCUACCUUGGUUUCGUUGUGUUUAAUAUGAGAGGGAGGUGUGGGUGAUAUUCGGUGUGAUUCAGUAACUCAACCACCAUCUUCUGCUUGAUGCUCUACGUCUAUCGGACAGCUCAGUGUUGACACGUACAAACAGCUGUUGAAUGUUAUUGUCCAAUCACGUUAUAUGAUCCAACACAGACGUUCUGCAUUUACAGUCAGUUCAUUCAGACUCACUUCUGUUUGAUUGCCAGUCGCCUACGUUGAGCUUAAAGGGAACCUAUUCUGCUCAUUUCAAUGUUUUACAGCUCAUAAAGAUCCUUAUUCGUCCUAAACUGAUGCAUUUAUGGAACCCUGCUAACAUGCUAUUUUAGCUACUGUUGCUUUAAGCCCCUCCCCCUCUUUCAAAAUCCGCUUUGCUCUGAUUGGCCAGCUUCUGGAAGCCUCCUCCCAGUGCUCGUGAGCAACACUUUAUGGCAUCGCUGUGCCUGAAGGAGAUUAUAGUGGAGUUAAAGUAGGAAAUAAUGUUGGCAAGCGAGUGUUUAGAGCCUCAAACUUCACUUCUGUGUAUUUUGACCUCAUUAUUUAAUAUAAAAAUCCAACCGUGUAUCAUCAUAUAUGCAACAGGACACAAGGAAAAGCAGAAUAGGUUCUCUUUAGUGGAAAAGUUGGAGAUUUUGGGAAAAAUGCUUAUGUGUUUUCUUAGUGGGACUGCAGCUAUUUAUUUCUAAUAAUCUUAAGAUUAUUUUCUUGAUUAAUCAUUCAGCUGUUUACAAAAGGUCUUUAUUAAUCCCACAGUGAGGAUUUCUACAGUUUAGAAAAUUUGUUUAUAAAAUGUCAGAAAAUGGUGAAAUACUUGUUUUAUUUUACUUUUAUUGAAUAUUCACAUUUAAGAAGCAGCAAUCAGACAGUUUUGACUUUAUUUCAUUUAAAAACUGCCAAUAUAGCUAGAGAUUCAUUUAAUUUUUUGCAACUAAUCAAAUAAUCGUUGCACCUCUAGUCCUGGACUGAUGUGACUUUCUAAAUAUGAUGCUAACAUUAGCACCCAGCUAGCUUAGCACAAACUCCAGAAACAGGGGGAACAGCUAGCUUGGCUUUGCUAAGCUAACCAGCACCUAAAGAUUCCCAAUUUAUGAGUCAUGUGUAGUUUGUUCAAUAACUUCCCAGUUUUCAGUCUGAACUAAGCUAAGCUAAGCUAUGCUAACAGUUUCCCAGCUGUAGUUUUGUGAGGGCUCGCUUGAUGUUAAAAAAAAUCUGUUCGUUAUUUGUCUGCAGGUAGUGAAGACCUGCAGAAAUAUUCCAGUAAAUAAAUGCUCAUUUUAAUUCUACGCUUUUAUUUUUGCUGCUGUUUCCCCUCCUUUUGUCUUUAUGCUAAGCUAAGUUAGCCAGCUAUCGGUAGUAUCUUGAUAUUUAGACAUCUUUGCAAGAAAACAAAUAAGCAUAUUUUCAGAAAAUGUCUUUUUCAUGACGUACAUGUGAUUCUGUAAAUGGACCAGAUGCUGUUCCAACAGCGAGCGAUGCUUCGUCAGCGAGGAUUCUGCAAUAAUUCUUACAUUUUGAUGUGAACUCAAGUCAUAGUGCUAGCGUUGAAACUAUGGGUUUGUGUUUCUGUUCAGUUUCAGUUGUCAUAGCUUGUCUUUCAAUGGGAAUGUUUGUCAAAUGAACGAGCUGAAUUAUAGUUUUUCUUUCUUUUUUAGAACAGUUUAGCUAAGAUACCGAAGAGGGCAUUCUUUCUGAAUUAGCCACAGACUGGAACAGCGAAGGGCGCCCUCUAGUGGCUUUUAUACGACGACUAUCAAUGCAUGUGAACCAUUGAAACGUUUUGCUGGAACGUGCAUUUGACAAAUUAAACCUUGUUGUGUAAAAUGGAUUUGAUUGCCAAGCAGGAAUAUUGAUUUGCAAGUGAUGUGAUUUACAAUAACAUCAAUAUUCAUGUGUUACUCAGUGUUUGGGAAACUGUAUUUAUUUGUGUUUAUGCCUGAGUAGACUGAAACUAACUGCAACUAAUGCAAUAAUAGGGUGCAAUGUGCAAUUAUUUAUUCAGUUAUUUAUUCGUAGGAGAGCAGUGUUGAAAAAAAAGGCUUUUUUGAAAAUUUCACAACAGCGGGAAAAAAAGAGAAGCUGGUUUUUGUUUUUUGGCUUUUGUUUGUGUUUUUUGCAGUUUGGGGGGGAAAAAGAAGUGAUAGAAGUUUGUUUGGAUUGAUUUAUUUGCAACGUGCAGAUCUAUAUUAGUUGUGAGUAAUUACAUAGGUUUUAAUUUCAAAGUGUUGGUAAGUAUAAAAACAAAUAAAGUUUCAUUUUUUCUUUCUGUGA